ACCCUCACCUUCCUCACCCUCAGCCUCACCUUCCUCACCCUCACCCUCCUCACCCUCACCCUGCCCGUCCCGGCGGGCUCGGCUGCAGAACUCGAGCUCUCGGCAGCGCUUUUGCCUGGGGGGGUUUAGUUUGUUUUCUGCGAGCAGGUGCGGUGGAUUGAUACCUCCCGGGCUGGGAGGCUGUGUUGGUUCCUUUUGGGGGGCGGGCUGGGACCUGACCCCGUGUGCCUCUUGAGAUGGCAGCUGUGGGGACAAACUCUUGCCCCUGAAGGUGCCCCCAGCCCGCCCUGCCCUCCCGCCAGCGGGACAUGGGAACCUCUGGGAAAACUUUAGAGUCUUGUGGCUGCUGAAGACGACCGAGAAGUGUGUGUAGGGGGGGGGGGGGAAAGAGGGAUCGAUGUGAGCUUUGUGGCUGCUUUGCCUCGGAUGGGUUGAGCUUUGGCCCGCAGCACGAGGGCCCAGCAUGACAGCUUGCCAGCACCCCAUGGCGCCGGGGGCUUUGGAGCGGGACCGGCUCUACCAGCACAAGGUCUCCCUGGUGGUGCGGUACUUCAUGAUCCCGUGCAACAUCUGCCUCAUCCUCCUGGCCACCUCGACGCUGGGAUUUGCUGUGCUGCUCUUCCUCAACAACUACAAGCCCAACAGUUACUUCACGCAGACGCCGCCAACGCCGCGAGAUGCCUGCCGGGGGAUGCUGUGCGGCUUCGGGGCGGUGUGCGAGAGGAGCUCCACAGACCCCUCCCAGGCCUCCUGUGUCUGCAAGAAGACAGCUUGUCCUGUGGUGGUGGCUCCUGUCUGCGGCUCCGACUAUUCCACCUACAGCAACGAGUGUGAGCUGGAGAAGGCCCAGUGCAACCAGCAGAGGAGGAUCAAAGUCAUCAGCAAGGGACCGUGCGGCUCCAAGGACCCCUGUGCAGAGGUGACCUGCAGCUUUGGCAGCACGUGCAUCCUCUCUGCUGACGGCCAGUCAGCCAAGUGCGUGUGCCCCGCGUCCUGCAGCGGCGUGCCCGAGGGCACCGUGUGCGGCAGCGACGGCAAGGACUACCGCAGCCUCUGCCACCUCAACAAGCACGCCUGUGACAAGCAGGAGAACGUCUUCAAGAAGUUUGAUGGCCCCUGCGACCCCUGCAAAGGUGUCCUCAACGACAUGAAUCGCGUGUGCCGGGUGAACCCCCGCACCCGCCGGGCAGACCUGCUCCCCCGCCCCGAGAGCUGUCCCCUGAAGAGGGAACCGGUGUGUGGUGACGACGGGGUGACUUACGACAACGAGUGCACGAUGGGGCGCUCGGGGGCCAUCCGGGGGCUGGAGAUCCAGAAGGUGCGUUCAGGGCAGUGCCAGCAUCAGGACAAGUGCAAGGAGGAGUGCAGCUUCAACGCCGUCUGCCUGAACCGCCGCGGCAGCGCCCGCUGCUCCUGCGACCGCCUCUCCUGCCACGGCGCCUACCGGCCCCUCUGCGCCCGCGACGGCCGCACCUACGGCAACGACUGCGAGCGCCAGAAGGCCGAGUGCCACCAGAAGGCUGCCAUCCCAGUAAAGCACAGCGGACCCUGUGACCUGGGCACUCCCAGCCCGUGCCUGAGCGUGGAGUGCACCUUUGGGGCCACCUGUGUGGUGAAGAACCAGGAGGCUGUGUGUGAGUGCCAGCAGGUCUGCCAGGGCCGCUACGACCCCGUGUGCGGCAGCGACAACCGCACCUACGGCAACCCCUGCGAGCUGGACUCCAUGGCCUGUGUCCUCAAGAGGGAGAUCAAAGUGAAACACAAGGGGCCCUGCGACCGAUGUGGGAAGUGCCAGUUUGGGGCCAUCUGUGAGGCCGAGACGGGGCGGUGCGUGUGUCCCACCGAGUGUGUCCCCUCCUCACAGCCCGUCUGCGGCACCGACGGCAACACCUACGGCAGCGAGUGUGAGCUCCACGUCCGGGCCUGCACCCAGCAGACCAACAUCGUGGUGGCUGCCCAAGGAGACUGCAAGUCCUGCGGCAGCACGGUCUGCUCCUUCGGCAGCCGCUGCGUGGGCGGGCAGUGCGUGUGCCCGCGCUGCGAGGGGCAGCCCCGCGCCCCGCUCUGCGGCUCCGACGGCCUCACCUACCACAGCCCGUGCGAGCUGCAGGUGGCCUCCUGCCAGCAGAAGAAGAGCAUCGAGGUGGCCAGGAUGGGGCCAUGUGAGGACGAGUGUGGCUCGGGGGGCUCGGGCUCCGGCGACGGCAGCGAGUGUGAGCAGGAGCGGUGCCGGCAGUUCGGGGGCUGGUGGGACGAGGACGCGGAGGACGAUCGUUGUGUGUGUGACUUCACCUGCCUGGCAGUGCCACGCAGCCCGGUGUGUGGCUCUGAUGGUGUGACCUACACCAACGAGUGUGAGCUGAAGAAGACACGGUGUGAAAAACGCCAGGAUCUCUAUGUCACUAGCCAAGGAGCCUGCCGUGCCCUCGCCACCACCCCGCCACCUCUCCUGGUUGUGCACUGCAGCCAGACCAUCUAUGGAUGCUGCCCAGACAACAUGACCUUGGCACUGGGAGUGGGUGCAGCUGGAUGCCCAAGCACCUGCCAGUGCAACCCCUACGGCUCCUACGGGGGAGCCUGUGACCCGGGCACAGGGCAGUGCUCCUGCAAGCCGGGCGUGGGGGGCCUGAAGUGCGACCGCUGCGAGCCCGGCUUCUGGAACUUCCGCGGCAUCGUCACCGACAGCAAGAGCGGCUGCACCCCCUGUAACUGCGACCCGGUGGGCUCAGUGCGUGAUGACUGCGAGCAGAUGACUGGGCUGUGCUCCUGCAAGACUGGUAUCACUGGCAUGAAGUGCAACCAGUGCCCCAACGGCAGCAAGCUGGGCAUGACUGGCUGUGAGAAAGACCCGUCAGCCCCAAAAUCCUGUGAGGAGAUGAGCUGUGAGUUUGGGGCCUCUUGUGUGGAAGUGAAUGGCUUUGCCCACUGCGAGUGCCCGUCCCCGCUCUGCUCCGAGGCCAACAUGACCAAGGUGUGUGGCUCUGAUGGUGUCACCUACGGGGACCAGUGCCAGCUGAAGACCAUCGCCUGCCGGCAGGGCCAGCUCAUCACGGUGAAGCACGUGGGGCAGUGCCAGGAGUCCAUCACUCACACCAGCCACAUCUCACCACCCACACCGCUUCCCACACUGCCCCUGGACAAGUUAAUCCUUCCUCCACCACGGCUCACCACCCAGGCUCCAGAGCCCACCGAGCUGGCUGCCAGCUCCCCCCCAUUGGAAGCCAAGUCUACUGAGACAGGUCACCCUACAACGAGGCGCGUCACGACUGCCAGACCAGCCACUACACCGUGGGUGACCCACGGGGUGUACAAGACCACUGUUCGCCCUCUCUCCACUGCACCAGUGGUUCUGGCCACCCCCCAGCCUGCCUACGUGGAAUCAGGCAGUGCAGAAGGCAGUGGAGACCAAGAGAUGGGCAUCAGUGGAGACCAGGAAUCGAGCGGGGCAGGCUCUGCCGGGGAAGAGGAGGUGGAGGAAAGCCAGGUAACUUCCACCCCAGCCAUCGAGAGGGCGACGUGUUACAACACCCCGCUGGGAUGCUGCUCUGAUGGCAAGACUGCAGCUGCUGAUGCAGAAGGCAGCAACUGUCCAGCUACCAAAGUCUUCCAAGGAGUCCUCAUCUUGGAGGAGGUGGAAGGCCAGGAGCUGUUCUACACACCUGAGAUGGCUGACCCCAAGUCAGAGCUCUUUGGGGAGACAGCCAGGAGCAUUGAGAGUGCGCUGGAUGAGCUUUUCCGCAGCUCUGAUGUCAAGAAGGAUUUCAAGAGCAUCCGUGUCCGGGACCUGGGGCAGAGCAGCGCUGUCCGUGUCAUCGUGGAGUCCCACUUUGACCCAGCCACUUCCUACACGGCAGCUGAUGUCCAAGGGGCCCUGCUGAAGCAGAUCAAAGCUUCCAAGAAGAAGACCAUCCUGGUGAAGAAGCCCCAGCAGGAGCAUGUCAAAUUUAUGGACUUUGACUGGAUCCCCAGGGUCUUCACCACCACUGUGACCACCACCACGGCCACCACCAUGGCACCUGCCACCACCCGCAGGUACACCACAGCUGCUGCUGCCACAGCCCACGUCCUGCGCCCCGACGCCGCGGGCCGAGCCGGCGCCAAGGCGGCCGGGAGCACCAGGAGACCCAGCUCCACCUUCCCUGCCACCACCGCCCGGCGCAAGCCCACCCGCCAGCCCCCCACCACCAGGAAGCCCCCCAGACCCUGUGACUCCCACCCCUGCCUGCAUGGGGGCACCUGUGAGGACGACGGGAAGGAGUUCACCUGCAGCUGCCCGGCCGGCAAAGGAGGAGCCGUCUGUGAGAAACCCAUCAGGUACUUCAUCCCCAGCUUUGGGGGCAAGUCCUACCUGGCCUUCAAGAUGAUGAAGGCCUACCACACGGUGCGCAUCGCCAUGGAGUUCCGGGCCGUGGAGCUCAGCGGGCUGCUGCUCUACAACGGGCAGAACCGCGGCAAAGACUUCAUCUCCCUGGCGCUGGUGGGCGGCUUCGUGGAGCUGAGGUUUAACACUGGCUCUGGCACGGGUGUUAUCACCAGCAAGGUGCAGGUGGAGCCUGGCAAGUGGCACCAGCUGGUGGUGAAUCGCAACCGGCGCUCGGGCGUGCUGGCCGUGGACGGGGAGCCCCACGUCAGUGGGGAGAGCCCCCCGGGCACCGACGGGCUCAACCUGGACACCGACCUCUUCAUCGGGGGAGUGCCCGAGGACCAGAUGGCUGUGGUGGCAGAUCGCGCUGCAGCUACAGGCGGCCUGAAGGGCUGUAUCCGCCUCCUGGAUGUGAACAACCAGCUGUACGACCUGCGGGAGAAGGGCAGCGAGGUGCUGUAUGGCAGCGGGGUGGGCGAGUGCGGCAACGACCCCUGCCACCCCAACCCCUGCCACCACGGGGGCAUCUGCCACACCAAGGAGGCAGAGAUGUUCCACUGCCAGUGUCUCUACAGCUACACCGGCCCAACUUGUGCUGACGAGAAGAACCCCUGCGACCCGUCGCCCUGCCACGUCUCUGCCACCUGCCUGGUGCUGCCAGAGGGAGGUGCCUUGUGUGCCUGUCCCAUGGGCCGGGAAGGAGACUUCUGCGAGCUAGUGACAGAGCAGGACCACACCAUGCCCUUCCUCCCGGCGUUCAAUGGCUUCUCCUACCUGGAGCUGAAUGGGCUGCAGACCUUCGUUCCUGACCUGCAGGACAAAAUGUCCAUGGAAGUUGUGUUCCUGGCCAAGAACCCCAGUGGCAUGAUCUUCUACAAUGGGCAGAAGACAGAUGGCAAAGGGGACUUUGUCUCUCUGGCUUUACACGAUGGCUUCCUGGAGUACCGAUAUGACCUGGGCAAAGGGGCAGCUGUGCUCAGGAGCAAAGAGCCAGUCCCUCUCAACACCUGGACAAGUGUCCUGCUGGAGAGGAACGGGCGCAAAGGGAUGAUGACGAUCAACAGCGGCGAGGUCGUGAUGGGAGAGUCACCCAAAUCCCGUAAGGUCCCUCACACCUUCCUGAACCUGAAGGAGCCAUUUUAUGUGGGGGGAGCCCCUGAUUUCAGCAAGCUGGCUCGAGCAGCUGCCAUCUCCACCAGCUUCGAGGGAGCUGUGCAGAGGAUCUCCAUCAAGGGGGUGCCUGUGCUGAAGAAGCAGAACAUCCGCAACGCCACCGAGAUCUCCCCCUUCCGAGGCCACCCCUGCACCCAGAAGCCCAACCCGUGCCAGAAUGGGGGCACCUGCAGCCCCCGGCUGGAGAGCUACCAGUGUACCUGCCAGAGGGGCUUCUCUGGAGCCCACUGUGAGAAAGUGAUCAUUGAGAAGGCUGCUGGAGAUGCAGAGGCCAUUGCUUUUGAUGGUAGGACCUACAUGGAGUACCACAACGCUGUGACAAAGAGUGAGAAGGCCUUGCAAGCCAACCACUUUGAGCUGAGCAUCAAGACAGAAGCCACGCAGGGGCUGAUCCUGUGGAGCGGGAAGGGGCUGGAGCGCUCGGACUACAUCGCCCUGGCCAUCGUGGAUGGUUUUGUGCAGAUGACCUAUGACCUGGGCUCCAAGCCCGUCGUCCUACGAUCCACAGUCCCCGUCAACACCAACCAGUGGAUCCACAUCAAAGCCUCCAGGGUACAGAGAGAAGGUUCCCUUCAGGUUGGCAAUGAAGCUCCCAUUGCUGGCUCUUCUCCUCUUGGUGCAACACAGCUGGACACAGAUGGGGCCCUGUGGCUGGGGGGGCUGGAGAAGCUGAGCGUGGCCCACAGGCUGCCCAAGGCCUACAGCACUGGCUUUGUUGGCUGCAUAAGGGACGUGACUGUCGACCGCCAAGAACUGCACCUGGUGGAGGACGCUUUAAACAACCCCACGAUAUUACACUGCUCAGCCAAAUAGACCCCCAGGGACCCUUUCCUUCUCCUGCCCUCCCUCCUGCCUAUUGCUGUAAUUAUUUUCUAUUUUUGUAAACUUAUUGCUUUUUAUAUUUUGGGGGGGAGGGUGGAAAGGGAGGGGAGGAAACACCUUUUUUUUUUUUGGGUUAUUUGUUCGGUUGCAGUCUAUCCAGGUCAGUCAGACUCUGUAAUCAAACAGCAGCAACAAAGAACAAACCUUGAACCAAGUCUCCAAGAAGUGACAGAAGAACUUCCCCGUUGCACCUGCAUUGUAAAUCUUACUCAUACUUGAAGCUUCUUUUUGGGUGAUUUGUUUCCCCCCCCCUCCUUACUUGUGUUGUUGGGUUGUUGUUCACGCCUGCGGGGGAAAGGAUGCUGGUGCUGGAGAGAUCUUCAUGGAUUCACCAUCUUCCCACCUCCAGCCUGGCCCCAAAGCCCCCCCCAGGAGUGGGGAAGUGGCCACCAGAGAGAGAAGCAAGAAUUGUCACCCUGCUUUGGGGCCUGUCAAGCCUUCUCGUGGCCCCGUGUUCACCCUAUCUCCCUCCUCCUCCCCUUCCUCUCACUAUAAUUUAUGUGAGUAAGAAUCUCAAGUGCUUUUCUCCUUUAUGCUCUGUUAAAAUCAGGGAUGCCAUGCACUGGAAGAGAGACCAAGGUCUGCUCUGAGCAGGCAGAAAAGCAUUGCUCUUUGGUUGUCUUACGACUGCUGGACUGAGAGGUGCUGUGGGGCGAGGUGCUGGGUCAGUCUGUUGGCACUCCUCCUUCUCCUCCUCUGGGACAUGUGCAGAAGCAGCUGUGAAACUUCAUUUCCACACUUUGUUUAUCCAGACAUGUCCUAACCACCUGCUUGCCCUGGCUGCUCUUCCCAAGAGCUUCUGUGUACCAAGCCUUGCCCUCCCAUGCACCAGGGAGAACCUGCAGCACAUCUUUGAGACCUGGAAGUGCUCUCCCUCCUCCAGCACAGGGCUGUGAGGGCAGGGGACUGGGCUCCCUUUUCACUUUCAGAAUACCUGUUGGAUGUCUCCUUCCCUAUCCCAUGUCUGUUUUCCAGCCUCUGGCCAUGACUUGCCCUCUGUCUGCCACGAGGAUGAUUUCAGCUGGCCAGCAUGUCUGGACCUGCUAUCAGAGCCUCUCCCAGGAAGAGAAAUGGGAGUUUUACUUUUGACUUCCAAGUUUUUGCCACGCAGGGACUUCCACACCAUCAGCAAAGGUCUUUGGGACUCUUCCAGCCCAGCAGCCCUAGCUCCAGUGGGGCAGGAGGCAGCUGUUGGGGCAGCUCAGUUUGGGAGGAGGUUUUAAAAUUACUUUCUUCCUCCCUGCAAGCCUUGAAAGCAAAAACUCUGGUGCCAGGCACAAACCCAGUGUGUGUGCUGCUGAAUGGGGGGGUGUGUGUGUGUCUGCACACACUGGCCUGCAGACCCUGAGCCUCCUGCAAGCAGAAGGACAAGGGGGUUGCAGCUGUGAAAGAAACCACCCACUCAGGUUCCUUCUCCAUGGGAAGAAUGUACUGAUGCUGGGUAGCAUCCCUGUCCCUUUCCACCUCUGGGACACAACUGUGUCCCUUUCCCACCUGGCCUCGCUCUGGGUAAAACCUGCUGGCUGGAGCGUGCAGGAUCCAUCUGGAAGAGCCCACCAGGUGUCAAGUGUUAAUGAAUCCCAUUGCAGUUUUGCCAUCAGGUCCUAGCACACCCUGCAGUGCACCUGUACCAAGGGCUGCACCUUUAAAAAUGAUGUUUCUUGGCACUCAGAUUUGAGCCAUGGAAAGUCAAGAUUCCUUUUCUCAGGGCGAGCUCUGGACACAGCUGUAACAAAGGGGAAGGUGGUGGAAAACCACUUGGGUUUCUUGUUUUCUUCACUCAAAUCAAUCUCUGCUCCCCCCCAUCCCUCACCACAUCUCUGCCCAAUCCAGUGACAUUCCUCUACAAAGCCAGUGGUUAAAUAUUUCAAGGGGGGGCUGUGCCCUCUGUGGGAUGGAUCCUGUGGGAAGGGGGGGAGGUGGCAACACCACAUUUUUAAGUGGCCCCUGUAGGUAAAUUGUGGUUCCUGGUGGGGAGCAGAGUGGCUGCCUGGUGAAAGGGAUGGACUGUUGGCAUUUUAAUCCCGAGGUGUAGCUAAACCAGGGGCUCUGUGGGACGGGAGGGAAGUGCCAGACCCUCCAGCUGUAUUUUGGGAACGUGAGUUUUGAGCUUGGUUGAGACCAAGGGCUGGAUGUGCCAGCUCCAGGGCGGGGGGGCCAGAUGUGCAGAGGAAGCUGCUAAUUUCCUAAGAUGCCACUGCAGUGAAGCCAGGGUCACUGCAAGACAAGCAGCAAAAGAAACCCAACAAAAAAAAAAAAAACACCUCUGUCUGCUUUUGCCGAGGCUUGGAAAUGCCUUAAAAUCAGGACUUUGGGUCCUCGACAAGCAUCUUGAAGCAAGGUCAGAUUCAGCAGUGCUCCCUAGGGGCUGUGCACUUAACUGCAGCUUUAUUUUUAAUAGCAUUUAUAACGUGGAUGUACAAAAAAUAAUAAUAAUAAUAAUAAUAAUAAUAAAAAGACAUUGAGGUUUGUUUUUUGGUUUUUUUUCUGGGAUUUUUUAUUUUUAUUUUAUUUUAUUUUUUAAAAAAAAAGGUUGUCCAUGUGGCUUCAUUUAUAGGGUAAAUUAAUGACCAUUGUGAACUGCUGUAUGAAUUCUGAAGGGCAAUGCACAGUAGGGGAGCAGCAUGAUAUAACCAUUACUAACUUGUGUCUUUCGUCAAUCACCAUGAAAUAAAGUUUGAAAACUAUUGAA